GACCCGCGUCCCGCGCCGCGGCAUUCGGCAGACAGGAAGCGGAAGCGCGUCUCCGGGCGGGGCGUCCGUCGGUCUCUGGCGUCUGAGCCGCGAACGCUCCGAGCUUUGAUCCCGGGCGGCGGCGGCGGAGCCCGCGGAGCCCUACGCGGACCCCGCCCAGCGCCAUGUCAGGUGGGGCGACGAUCGUGCACGACCCGUCGGGGGCGGUGGCGCUGUGCCCCGCCCUGGGGCUGUACCUGAAGCCGAUCACCAAGGUGGCGAUCAGCGUGGCGCUGCCCCCGCUGCGGCAGCCGGGCAAGUCCAUCUCCAACUGGGAGGUCAUGGAGCGCCUCAAGGCCAUGGUGGCCGCGCCCGCCACGCCGCCCGACGCCGGGGACACGCCCACGGGCCCCGCCAGCGCCGCCGCCGCCGCGCCGGCAACGCCGGGGCCACGCCCGCCGCAGCUGUCGUCGCUGCGCAUCGCCAAGAGCACGCUCGAGUUCAUCCGCUUCGAGGCGGAGGUGGAGAACCGCGCCCUGGUCCGCCCCUUCCUCGCCCGCCUGGACGGCAAGACCAUCAAGCUCAGCGGCUUCGCCGACGCCCUGCGCGUCCGCGCCGCCGAGUUCCGCCCCGACUUCCCCUCCCGCCACGACUGGGACGCCUUCUUCCGCGACGCCCCCGACAUGGACGAGGCCCUGCCCGGCGAGCGCCCCGACACCAUCCACCUCGAGGGGCUGCCCUGCCGCUGGUUCGCGCCCCGCGGCGGGGAGGCCGCCGCUUCCGGGUCCGCUUCCGGGUCCGCUUCCGGGUCCACUUCCGCUUCCGGGUCCGCUUCCGGGUUGGCGGCGUCAGAGCGGCCCAGCGAGGCGCUGCUGCGCCAGGCCUUCCGGGCGUUCGGCGACAUCCGCCAGGUGGACAUCCCCAUGCUGGACCCGUACCGCGGGGAGGCGUCGGGCGGCGUCGGGGGCGGCGCCCGGGGGCGUGGCCGGCGGCGUGGGCGGAGGGGCGGGGCCCGGGGGCGCGUCCGGGGCGGGGCGCAGCUUCCACACGUUCAGCUUCGGGGGCCACCUGCACUUCGAGGCCUUCGUGCAGUACCGCGAGUACGCGGGGUUCGCCCGCGCCAUGGCCGCCCUGCGCGGCACCAAGCUCAUGUUCAAGGGCGAGGACGGCAAGGCGGUGGCCUGCAACAUCAAGGUCUCCUUCGACGCCACCAAGCACCUGAGCGACGCCUCCGUGCGGCGGCGGCAGCUGGAGCGGCAGAAGCUGCGGGAGCUCGAGGCCCAGCGCGAGGAGCAGAAGCGGCGCGAGCGGGAGGCGGAGGAGCGGCGCCGGGCGGAGGAGCGGGAAAGGCGCGAGGCGGAGCAGCGGGAGCGGGAGCGGCGCCGGGGGGGGGAGAAGCUGCGCCGCCGGGAGCUGCGCCGGGAGCGGAGGCGGCGGCGGCGGCGCCGGGCGGAGGAGGCCGAGACGGAAGUGAAACCGGAAGCGGAAGCGAAACCGGAAACGGAAGUGAAACCGGAAGUGGAGGCGGGGCUGCGGGUCCGGGUGCGGGCGGAGGAGCGGAAGCUGCUGCUGGCCCAGCGCAACCUGCAGAGCCUGCGGCUGGUGGCCGCCCUGCUGGGGCGGGCGGAGGCGGCGCGCCUGCGCGAUGGGCGGCGGCGGCGCGCGCAGCAGGAGGCGGAGCUACGCCGCGUGGAGGAGGAGCAGCGCCGGGCGCUGGGGCUGCAGCGUCGCGAGCGGGAGCUGAGGCGGCGGCUGCUGGGGCUGCUGCUGGCGCGGGGCCCCGCCCCUUCCGGCGACGCCCCGACCUCUCCUUCCGGCGUCUCCGCGCCCACUUCCGGCCCGCGCGACCUCCUAGGCCCCGUGCUGGAGGUGCUGCAGCGCGUUUCGGCCCGCGGCCCCGCCCCUCUCGGCCCCGAGGCCCCGCCCCCUGCUGCCAUGGAGACGCCGACGCCGCCGAAACCGGAAGAGGAGGUGCGUCAGAGCCGGAAGCGCCUGGCGCGGGCCGGAAGCGGCGGCGAGGACGACGUCGUCGGGGACGCGCGCGAGGGACGGGGCCGCCGCGGGGAGGGGCGCGAGCAGCGCAGGCGCAGCCGGCACCGCAGGGGCGGGGACCACGGCCGCUCGCGCUCGCCCCGGAAGCGGUGACGCGGAGGGUGGGGGCGUGGUCACUGCCGGGCGCGGGGAGGAGGCUCCGCCCCUUGGAUGUCAAUAAAGAGACCGGCUUCCGAUUUUCCCUGUGACGUCAUUCUCGGGGGCGGGA